AUGUCCAGCAUAUCACAACCCCAUCAGCUUUCAUCUGUCGAUGAUCCCGCCAAGGUGAUAGAUGACAAUUGGUCGACACAAACGGAAGUCACGACCACUCAGGAAGAUAAGGACGAGGACGAAGAAGAGGAGGAGGAUAAGUGCGAAGGCGAUUCGAAUGGAGAGAACAAAGGUAACAGGUUCGACAACAACACCCGUCCCAGUUCUCCUCGCCCCGCAUACGAGAAGAUCGUCGUCCACGUUCAGCCGACUGCGGCUCAGGCUCCUAUCCCAAGUUACCUUCCCUACGUUCCCGUCGUGCAACCCGCUUGCACCGGUUCGGUUUAUGGGACCAACAAGGGUGCUAUCUGCACACCUGCGGCUACCGUCACCGUCCAUCCCGACGGUACUAGGGUCGAGAAGAAAGAAUGUGCCUACUGCGGAAGACUCAUGUGA